AUGCUUUCUCGCUCCAUAUCUUGUCGUCGUACACCUUUAUUACGGCGAGCUACACGGUUGCCAUUGACUCCAUUACAGCACCAUGUCACUCGACGACACGAAUCAACUACAGCUGCCGUUGCGAUCGAAGAAGACAUUCACCGGAUCCCGCCACAACUGGACUAUAAGCGACUUGUAGAAAACGCCGAGGUCAUCAAGCGUAAUAUGCAGCUGCGCAAAUAUGAUCAUGAUCACGUGGACAAGGUGUGUGCAUUGUAUGGAGAACGAGAGCAACUGGAGCGAGAACAAGAACAAGUUGUACAAGAACGCGACGCUACCAAUCGAUUGAUUCGAGAAGCCAAGUCCAAAGAAGAACGCCAAACGCAUAUUGCUCAGGGCAAAAAGUACAAGGAACAGCUCAAAAAGAUUGCAGAGAGAUUAGCCAUGGUGGAAGAGGAUUUAUGUACGAAUGCGCUCUUGGUACCGAAUGAUACGCAUCCUGAUGUGCCAGUGGGAAGUGAAGACAAGGCCAAAUUGAUCAAGAUGGUGGGGACGCCUGUCAACAAGCCGCAUGAUCAUCUUACAGUGGCUGAACGAUUGGGCAUGGUGGAUUUUGCACAGGCAUCCAAAGUGAGCGGGUCCAAGUUUUAUUACUUGACACAAGGUGGAGCAUGGCUUGAAAUGGCACUUAUCCAAUUUGCUAUGCACAAGGCUACCGAACGUGGAUUUUCACCUGUGAUCACACCUGAUAUUGUUCGUACCUCGGUGGCCUAUGGCUGUGGAUUCCAACCACGCAAAUCAGAAGCAUCCCAAAUUUACGAUGUCAGCACUGCCAGCACUGUCAAUACCACGGCACCCAAAUUAUGCCUUACUGGUACAGCCGAGAUCCCACUUGCUGGUUUGUUUGCCCAAAAGAUGCUCAAGGAAGAAGAAUUACCACAACGGGUCGUUGGUUUUGGUCGUGCAUUUCGAGCCGAAGCAGGUCAUGGAUCAGCUGAAGAACGUGGUCUUUAUCGCGUACACCAAUUCUCCAAGGUGGAAUUAUUUGCUGUCACCACGCCACAACAAAGCAAUGAUGUACUUGAAGAAUUGAGGAGUCUACAAGAAGAUAUCUUUACGGAUCUUGGAUUGUGUUUCCGUGUUUUGGAUAUGCCCACGGAAGAAUUAGGAGCAAGUGCUUAUCGUAAAUAUGACAUGGAAGCAUGGUUACCCGGUCGAAAGGCAUGGGGCGAGAUCUCUUCCACAUCCAAUUGCACUGAUUAUCAAACACGACGAUUGGACGUCCGAUACCUGUCAUCUGAUUUCAAGGAGCAAGUAGGACCCAAGGACGUGCGUGUACCAUGGCACAUUAAAGAGAAAUGGGUACACUUUUGUCACACAUUGAAUGGCACAGCUAUCGCAGUACCUCGUGUCAUGAUCGCUAUUCUCGAGACAUUCCAACAACCUGAUGGCCGAGUAGAGAUACCCGAGGUUUUACGUAAAUGGAUUCCUGGUCAAUCCACGCAUUUAUCAUAG